CCACAGUGGUCCGGUAACUACUGUUGAACUGGCUUGAGACAGUGCAUGACAUACGUUUCCCUUGAGGUGGUCGUAUUUUAAUUAACGCUCGAAAUGACGAUAAGGACAAUACGUCCCAACCGGGGACAGCAUUACCGUCCUCGGAUGCAUUGCCUCCAAAAGAUCGAGGCCCACAUGGUGGAGAUGCAGGACCCCAAGAGCGGCCUGAAGGGGGCCGAACAGAAGCUCAACGUCACCACCAUCCCCCACGUCAUCACCGGUCAAGACAUAAUCGCUUGGCUUUUAAACAAAAUGAAGGUCACACAAGAAGAGGCUGAGGCGUAUGGCACCAUGCUGGUUGCCUACGGUUACAUCUACCCUCUGCAGAACCACAGGAAGCUGGUGAUGUGUAACGAUGGCAGUCUGUACCGCUUUCAGACUCCAUACUUUUGGCCGACACAGAAAUGGGUUGCAGAGGAUUGUGACUAUGCUAUUUAUUUGGCAAAAAGGAAUAUCCGAAAGAAAGGCGUACUGGAGCCCUUUGAACAGGAACAUUACACACACCUCCAUACCUGGCUGAACCACAAGUGGGACUUCAUCGUCAUGCAGGCCACUGAGCAGUACAAAGCGGGGAAGGAGAGGAAGAAACCCGACCGGGUGGUCUUGGACUGUCAGGAGAGAGCCUAUUGGAUUGUCAACAGACCACCGCGUCGGACCUACAGCGCCUUGGACUACGGGACGGACCGCCUCAUCGACCCGACCGUAGAGGAGAAGAUCUCCUUUGACCAACACAGACGCAUGAACAUCUUCUACCAGCAGGCGAUCAUGAGGUCUAAAGUAAAGUCAAGUGUUUCUCUUGGAGCACUUGUGAAGUUUGUCAACACUUACAAAAAUCAUGACCCCUUCCUGGCACCCUGUCUGCCUAGCAACCCCUGGGUAACCGACGACGAUACCUACUGGACACUAAACAUAAGAAGGGUGGACCAGUGCACCAAGAUGCGGGUGGAGCGCUGGUCCUUCAGCUUCUUCGAGCUGCUGAGCGACCAGCGCGGGCGGGACGACUUCAAGAGCUUCCUGAAGAAGGAGUUCAGCGGGGAGAACCUGGCCUUCUGGGAAGCAGCAGAGGAGUUGAAGUGGGGUUCUGCCGCUGCCAUAGCAACCAAAGCCGCCGUCAUCUUCAAGACCUUCCUGGCCCCCGGCGCCCCCCGGUGGAUCAACAUCGACGGCAGGACCAUGGGUCUGACGGUGAAGGGCCUGGACCACCCCCACAGAUACGUGCUUGACGGGGCGCAGACGCACGUCUUCCUGCUCAUGAAGAAGGACACGUUCUUCCGCUACCUGAAGUCGCCCGUGUACAAGGAGAUGCAGAAGAGGGCGCUAAACCCUGAGCUACACAACUUUAGCGAGGCACAGCUGGAGCAGAACGCGCGGAACAGGAGCCUGGGAGUCCAUCCCAUCACGGUGUGGGAACAGGAAGAGGAGGAGAGGGCCAAAGCAGCCAUCGCUUCAGCCCCCGUCGACGUCAAGGCCAUGAUGAGCAAGAUAGACAGGAAGUAGAGGACCGCGGGCGGCACCUCGGGCCAAUCAUGUCUGGCUGCAGCCUGUAGGACAUGGACAUCCACAUCCAACUGCUGCUUCAUAGCAGUUCAUAGGCUUUAUGCCAGCGAUAAUGUGAGUAAAUGAUGUCCAUUUUUAAACAUCAAUAUAGUGGGACAUUUUUCACGAUUAAUUAUUUUCACGGUAGCUUGGUAAACGAUAAAUGUUAAUCAUUGAACAUAGUGAAUUCACAUGCGAGCAAAAAUCUGGCUCACAAGCUAGCGCGACAGGCUAAAUUGUUACCGCAACAGGGUUAGGGUAGCGGUUAGGGAUUGAAAGAGAUUGAAACUUUCCCACGCCCUGGGAUUUAAAACACGCUUUGCCAGAGUGACCCUUGUGCAGUCCAAAGAGUGAAAGUCGAUUAAGUAUUUAUUUCGUUAGUUGUGACACUUGGGAUGUUAACUGGGAUGCUUAACUUCAGUUGGCCAAAUCUGAAAUGGCUCGGAACUAAGUGAGAGAUCGAAAUUUUAGUGUCUGACUAGUUUAAUUGAAUUCGAAUGUGCCCGGAGGUUAUCACGUGAACAUGUGUUGUUGUACUCAGUCUAUUGUUAUUGAUGGACUGGUGGUAAUCAAAAGUACAAUCUUUAAACAUUCAUUAUUUUCAAAAAUGAUUUUUUUUAAUUUACAUUAAAAAAAUCUGUUUGCGUAGCUAGUAGUAAAUAAUGUAAUAAAGUCAUAGCUAGUUACUUAUUGAUUUGUCUGCAGUGCUGUUCUGGUUUUAUCAGCACUCACACAAGCAAUGGGCCGACUGAUGGGCAGUUUGGGCACUUCGUCUGACAGAUUAGAAUAUGGAUCUGAUCAGCCAUGGAUUUCAUGUAGCCUACAUGUAAAAUGUUUGCAUAAGUCAUAGUUUUAAUGUUAGAUAAUACGGCAUACGUUAAACAAUAUGCCAGCAUUAAGCACACCUAAUAUCAAUUUAAUGUUUUUUGAUUAUAAUUUUGAGAAGGGAAAUUUGAAAGAUGUUUUAGUUGUCAUUAUUCAUUAUCUUUAUAAAAUAAAAAGCACAUCUACACUUCACACAAUAAACCUCACGUAUUCCUAAUUUCCGGAUUAAAGAUACCGUUAUCUUGAUAUGAAAUGUAUUCAUAGUGGUGUACUAGGGCUAGGCCUUUAGUAGGCCUGUUUGUUCAGACAAAUAGGACCACAAAGGACCAGCUCCCAUCAAAUUAAUCUAUAACCAACCAUAGUGGAUUUAAACUUAGAUGACCUAGCAAAUUAGAAGAUGAUUAUUUUAACUGUUUUAUCUUUGUCUGCAAUGCCAAAAUAGUUCCAUACCACAUUAGUCAAUUUGAAUAAUUAGUGAUCCAUGUCAAAGGUUAAUAUAAAUACACAACACUUUCAUUUGAUGCCAUAACAGGAAUUUUUAAUAGCAAAAACACUGAAGGCUUACAUUUAAAAAUUAACAGCAAUUGCAGUAAUCUGAAAAUCAGUCUUUAAAACACCCAAGAUUCCUUUGCACACCAAGAUAUUAAAUCCCUCACCGAAGCUGUCAGAGACCAAACAAACUGAGAAGACCAAGUUACACAAAAAUCCCAUUGUUGAGUAUUACAAAAUGUUUAACUUAACUAAAAUACUGCCACUCUCUCUGUGACCAACUGGAAUCUCAAUAUGAAGUAACCACAGAGUCGUCCCGGCGCCUAGCGAUCAAACAUUCCUGGUAUGAGGGAUGAGAAACAUCACGUCGAUUUAUACGAUAGGACUUGUGAUCCGACGUGAACAAACUAAAAGUGGAUGGUUUUUAGUAACUGGAGUCACUGGACCGUGAAUGAUUCUUUGUUAUAAGACACUGCUGGAAUGUUUCACACUAAAACACACUAGCCGCGCCUGACGAGUACUGUAAUGAUCCUCUUCUGAACAGGAAGGAGAAAGAAACACGCGUAGCACGCGGCGUGGGGCGGGGCCGAAGGGAGAGGUGGUCAAUCAACGGCCCGUUCUGAAUCAACACACGUUAUGACAACAUGAGCACCAUAGCUUUAUAUUUGGCACUGCCUUGGAUGUAACGACAAAGUUAACCUGGUGUCAGACUCUAUGCCACGGAACGUUUCGGUCUAGCUCAUCGCUCAUCACACACACACACACACACACACACACACACACACACACACACACACACACACACACACACACACACACACACACACACACACACACACACACACACACACACACACACACACACACAGAUCUCCCAAGAGGUAGCAUCUUUUUUUUUAAUCUAUUCCUUACUUGUGCUUGCUUGAAAUGGCAGGGAAACUAAAGCUAUGUAACUAGGAUAUAAACUUUUCUUUUUC